CUUGCCAGUCCGCUCCGUGCUUCUUCCUCUCUCACUCACCCAACCCCGUUCGUUGGCCUCCGCUCCGAAAUUUAAAACCUCCCAAGCCGGAGAAGCCAAGACCCCCUUUUCCCCCUAUUAUUAAUAAAAAUUCGGUCGAAAAAAGCCUUCCCUUUUGGUCUGCGCGAUUCGAGAUUCCGGAGCACCGCGGCGGCGGCCGGAUCGGGGUGGCGGCGCGGUUCGGUCGCCGCUGGAGCGGAGCGGAUGCGCCGCGCCCCCUGUGAGACUGUGAUCACUUCUCCCAAAAACUCCUAGAAGACCUUAGAGGGGUUUAACAUUGGGAUGAAUCUUUGGGCCCUUACCUUGCUUUUAAGUGGAGAUUCAGUUUUCUAUUUUCAUUUAUGAUGACGGGUGAAAAGCAAAUGACUUCGAAGGGCACAGAGUCUUCAUCUUCUUCUGUUCCUCCUGAUGGAGUAGUCAGCAGGGAACCUCAAAAAGGGGGGAGAUUACCCAAUGGGAGGACAACUGGUCCAGCACGUCGCUCAUCCAAGGGAAAUUGGACUCCAGAAGAGGAUGACAUACUUCGCGAAGCUGUUGAAACUUACAAGGGAAAAAAUUGGAAAAAGAUAGCUGAAUCUUUUCCAGGUAGGACUGAUGUUCAAUGUUUGCAUAGGUGGCAGAAGGUUUUGAACCCUGAACUUGUUAAAGGGCCAUGGUCCAAAGAAGAAGAUGAGAUCAUUAUUCAGAUGGUAAACAAACAUGGGCCAAAGAAAUGGUCGACCAUAGCCCAAGCUCUUCCUGGACGUAUUGGAAAGCAAUGUCGGGAAAGAUGGCACAACCAUCUUAAUCCUGGGAUCAAUAAGGACGCAUGGACACAAGACGAGGAAAUCAGGCUCAUCCAUGCUCAUCAAACUUAUGGAAACAAAUGGGCUGAGUUGACAAAGUUUUUACCAGGAAGGACAGACAAUGCAAUUAAAAAUCAUUGGCACAGCUCGGUGAAGAAGAAAGUUGAUUCAUACAGAUCAUCUGGUUUACUGGCUCAAUUCCAGGGUCUGACACCUGUUGAAUACACUCCUGGUGGUUUAAAUGUUGAUUCUUCAUCUGCCAUGACCAAUCAAAUUAGCGAAGACAGUGGUUUUAAUGUUUUUCGGGAGGCUGAAGAUUCAAUGGAGUUAAGUCAAUCAUCGUUUGCCAAGGGUUCUUGCUCUCAGGAGGAGCAAACUGAUGUGACUUUGGGAUCUCAUUUGCAUGUGCAUGAAUCUUUGUGUCAAGAUGGUUUCAAUAAUGCUGAGAAUGGUGCUUCUGCUUUACCUGACAUGCAUCACCACUUAUCCACUUCUGACAUGGAUCAAGAUAAACACUUGCAGGAAGGAAUGGAUUUGGAUAAACACUUGCAGCUAGAGUUUUCUCAAGGAAUAGAUUUGCAUCUUGAUACAGAUGAAGUGCCAAACAACUUUGUGAUAAGAGAUAGCCAGGCAUCCAAUGAGCUUGCAGUUCAAUUUCAGGACAGACAGACUAUGAAUAGUUCAGAAAAUGAUGGAGUAUCUUUGAUACCAUAUGCUGUAACGCCAUGUGUUCCCAUCUUACCUAGUGUUUCUGGAUGUGAGCAUAACAUAAAUGUGAUGUCCGAAGUGGGCAUUAAAAAUGAUAAUUGUUUCCAAUCUGAAAAGUGGCAGGAUAUUUCCAUUCAAUCAGGUGCAUAUUCUUCUGAAGCUGCAAGCAACUUUUCAGCACCACUUUACCCAUUGCAGACAGCUGAACCAGUAACAAUGAUGGGUGGCCCUGUGUAUUAUCAGAGUUCUGUAACGUCAUUACCACCGGACUUCAUUUCUUCAGAUGGUGCUUCUAAUGCAUCUGGUGUCAAAUUUGAGACAAAUCACAAUCCUGUUUCUCGCCAAGGUUUGGAGAUUAAAACUUGCCACAAUCCUUCCGGUGAUCCUGAUCAAAAUUCAUAUAUGUGCAGCGAAGAUGACAGAAACAGGACUUCUGAACCAAUGGACAGCAUACCAGAAUCUGAAAAGGAACAGCAGGUUGAUGUUGAACAGUCAUGUUUGGAGCCUGCAGCCUACAGUUUUAAGGAACCAUUAUCAAGUCAUGGUGACACCAUAUUAAAUGAAAAGGAGGAUGCUGGAGCUCUAUGCUAUGAACCUCCUUGCUUUCCAAGUUUUGAAGUUCCUUUUGUCAGCUGUGAGCUUGUAAACUCCAGCGAUCUCCCAGAAUAUAGUCCUCUUGGCAUUCGAGAGUUGAUGAGGACGACCUUGAACUUCCCUACCCCAGUAAGAUUGUGGGGAUCCCCUCCUAGGGAUGGUAGUCCUGAUGCUGUCUUAAAGAAUGCUGCCAAAAGAUUCGUGUGCACCCCGUCCAUAAUGAAAAAAAGGCCUAGAGACCUAUCAUCUCCUGGUCCUGAUAUAAGAAACGAAAAGAAAUCAAAUACUGAAAAGGAUUGUAGGAGCUCAGGCAUGUCCUCUACAAGAGUUGGGAAAUCUUGCAUGGAUAGCCCUGAUGAUUCAGCUGAUUUAGUUUCACCAAAAGAGACAACUGCAUUUCAAAAGAACGUCAAGCUUUCUCACGAAAACAAAGAAAACUUGAAUGGAAUUACUGAUCAAGGAGAAAAUGAAGGCAAUGCAAAGCAUUCUACAGGGAUUCUUACUAAGAGCAGUGUCGACAACCACAAUACUCCUAAGCAUGGUCCAAAUUUUCAAAGUCAGGGGCUAAAUACCAGUGCGCAGGUGUCUAACUCUAAAGACAUAAUAUUUUCUAGAUCAAAGCCAUCAGAACUUCUUGUUGAUAAAUCUGCAGCCUGCGUUGAUGCAGAUUAUGAGUAUGUGAACAUAUUGGCUGAUACUCCAGGUAUUAAAAGAGGCUUAGAAUCUCCUUCUGCAUGGAAGUCUCCUUUGUUCACACCAUUCCCGGAUGCAUACUUCAUGAGCCCAGCUAGCAGAGCUUUUGAUGCCUUAGGAUUGGUGAAGCAGAUUAAUGAGCAGAGUGCUGCUGCUGUGGAGGAAGCACAUGAAGUUCUGGCAAGUGGAGGCCCAUGGAAACGACAUAACAAGGAAAACUCUGACAAAGAAAAUAUAGAAAAUACAACUUUGAAGCAUGAACAUGUAACAAGCAAACCUCCAUCCAUACUCAUGGCAGAGGCACGGGUGCUCGAUUUCAAUGAAUGCUCCACACCUGUGAGGAAGAAAGAAGAUAAGAAAUCGGAAAUAGCUUUAGGAGGAUCUUCAAGCUCCCCUGUUACUUCCUCGUAUCUUCGGAUGAAUUUGCGGUAGCUCUUUGAGGGAUGCUGUUGUUCAGUAUGUACAUGUCUGUUGUUCCUAUAAAUACCAUUUGAAAUACACAUUCCAAUUAGUACCUUAUUCUUUGUGCUUUGGCACCCCAAAUGUCAAUUUUAAAAGGAAACAUUUUUUCUGUAAUGUUAAGAUUUGUCAUGUGUCACUUGAAUUAAGUUAUAUCUUAAAUAAGGAAAUAUAUUUAAAUUUUGAGUAA